CACUACACAUUGAAAAGCUUUGUUAGGCAGCAUCGUAGGUAAUGCACGUAGUAUUAGUCUAUUUUUGAAUGCACCAAGUGUUUGCCCAAAAAUAUCCGAAGCAGAGCUGCAACUGGCCAAAAAAGUGUCCAGAAAAUAAAAUAAACUUUGAAGAUAUAUCGCAAGUUGUAUCCUUGUUAAGUGUACCAAAUAUGCUGAAAACCCUGGGACCUUACGAGGAAAUUGAUGCAAAAGUGAUUAGUCUCCUGAACACUGAUUUUCGUAUUACUCAAAAGAAACUGUAUUUAAUUCCCAAGCUCUUUACCGGUGCCUUAAUCCAUAAUAAGUUGAUGUUAAUGGCUAUUACCUGCGAAGCUUGCUCAAGACAUGCCACUAUAGAUAUUCAUCUAGAAACAAGUAUUGAUUCUGUGCCCUCUUCGAAAUGUUUCUAUAUGGGUUAUCUUGUUCUGUUAUUGUUAGCUCUGAUGGAAAGAACUUCUCAAAAAACUGCUUAUUGGCUUACAUACAAUGAACGUCCUCAUUACCUGUCCCACAACAAUGGCAACAUCCGGAUUACAAAAAGUGUUUGUUGGUCCUCAAGUUGAUGUCGCUCCCACCGAAUUUACUGUGGAUAGUACAAAAGUUUUUUUGCGAUCAGAGG